UUCACCAUGUCGCUAUUUAAAUAGCUUAGGACUGCUUUAGCUACACUUACUAACGGUGAUUCGGCUCAGCAUAAGGGAAUUCAAUUUCGCGACUUAACCUGCAACGAAAACAGUUAAUUCUACCGUUAGCUAGAGAGCUAAAAACAACUGGCAAAGGCAACAAGGCAAAGUUCGUUAUCCCAAUGACAGCAUGCAAAGAGACCUCUUCAACAAAAGGUGAACUGUGGUCAGUCCUAAAAUUAGUUCUUCUGUAGUCAUUAAUAUCAGUGAGUGAACUUUGCCUUACUGCUAGCCAACGACUUUAACAGCGACCACAGUCGACUUAGCUGCGGACGGUCACAGGUAUGUUUCCGUUAGACUCGCCGUGGAACAUCUCGUUUGCGGGUUGUGGCUUCCUCGGUAUCUACCACGUCGGUGUAGCCAGCUGUCUGCUGGAGCAGGCUCCUUUCCUGGUGCAAAACGCCAGGCACAUAUACGGGGCUUCAGCUGGGGCUCUCACUGCCACUGCUCUGGUCUCUGGAGUAUGUCUCGGAGAGGCUGGUGCAAGCAUCAUCGAUGUUGCCAAAGAGGCAAGAAAGCGAUUCCUUGGACCCAUGCAUCCUUCCUUCAAUCUGGUGAAGAUUGUGCGUCACAUGCUGCAGCGCACUCUGCCAGCUGAUAGUCACCAUCGGGCCAGUGGACGGUUAGGAAUCUCUCUCACCCGAGUGACAGAUGGAGAAAAUGUCCUGAUAUCUCACUACAACAGCAAGGAGGAGCUGGUGCAGGCAUGUGUCUGCAGUGCCUAUAUCCCAGUGUAUUGUGGCCUUAUUCCUCCUACACUGCAAGGAGUGCGAUAUGUUGAUGGAGGAAUCUCAGACAACCUGCCUCAGUAUGAGCUGAAAAACACCAUCACAGUGUCCCCUUUCUCUGGAGAGAGCGACAUAUGCCCCCGGGACACCUCGACCAACAUACAUGAGCUGCGAUUCACCAACACAAGCAUCCAGUUCACUCUCACCAACCUCUACAGAGUCUCCAGAGCGCUUUUCCCUCCAGACCCAAUGAUUAUGAAGGCCAUGUGUAAACAGGGAUACAAAGAUGCUCUGCACUUUUUGAAGAAGAAUGGAUUGCUUAAUUUCCAGGGACCUCUCAGAGACAGACCCCUGCUAGCUAAUGGAGAAGAAAAUGAGGAUUAUAAUGAGGAGGAGGAGGAGGACAAUAACAGUGACGAAGAAGACGAAAAGCCACAGAUGGAAGACAGAGCAGUGAUGGCUCAUUCCAAUUUCUCAUUAGAGGAGCACAUCAUCGAGCACCUUCCGCCGACCCUACACAAAGCUCUAGUUGAAGCCUGCAUGGAGAGGAGGAGCCUGGCGCAGUCGCUAGGCAACCUGCUUCCUGUCCGGAUGGCCUCAGCCAUGAUGCUUCCCUACACUCUCCCUCUGGAGUCUGCUAUGUCCUUGACUCUCAGACUUCUGGAGUGGCUGCCAGAUGUGCAGGAAGAUGUCGGGUGGAUUCGAGAGCAGAUGCUAAAAAUUCUGCAGCAUGUUCUUCGCCAGGCCUCCAAAAGCAUUUCUCAGCGUGUGUCUGCCAGGUUUUCCUGUCAGCUGGAGCUGCACCACUACCAGUCCCUCCCAUCCCAGUUUAGCUCCACCAGCCUGUUUCCCACCUGGGUGAAUGGGAGAAGCUCUUCAGUCCAGGAUGUCUUCAUGCGUCUCGAUCAAUACAAGAGACAGCUGCUGUCUGGAGUGCUGUGUAUCAACAUGGACCUGCAAGGCUCCUACCAAACUGGGCUGAAGUCACAGAAUAAGGAGUCAUCAUCCAUCCUCUCCACAGAGGGCCUCACAAUGCACAGAGAUUGUCUUAAUAUUCCACCAGGUGCCGACUCUGGAGACGCCACCAGCAGCUCCUAAGAGGUUUUGACAGGGUUCUGCAGCAGGUGCUGCAGCUCUGAGGUUCAAACGUACUUAUACCCCAGUGUUUAGAUACUUUUAAUAUACCAGGAAGGUAUUUGUAUUGUAAUCAGCCCAUUUGUAUAGUAGAGCUAAAUGGUAGUAACUUACCAUAUUUAUACUUACUGUGUUUUCAGUAUUUUUUCACUAAUGCAUGACAGUGAAAUAAGUCUCUAGCUACAGUAUAAUCAGGAAGGCUCUUAGACACUGAAUGUCUGGAGGCCUACAGAAGUGCAUUUAAACUUAGCACAUGCACCCAGUCAUGUAUGAACUUGAAUUACAGGAUGUUACAAACAAAAAUGCGCACUUGAAGUCGUAUGGUUAAAAUGGGAGAGUGUUCGUGUUUUUAGUGGAAUGCAGUCAGACCAGUAGCCAUAUCCAGUUAUGAAACUCUUUAAGUUGCUUCUGCUUCACAGGCAGUAAGGGACUGGAGAAGGGAAAACCUGUUUUUACAGGUAGUUACUCCAUUUAUUAUGUGCAAAUGUCAAUGCAUUGUUGUGAAAAGAAAAUCCAUUGUUUUUAUGUUUUUUGGGGGUUUACGUGAAUGUCAGUGUCUUAUGUCUUUAAAAGUAUUUAUAUGAGAGAUACAGAACUGGUUUGCUCUGUUUUCCUAAUCAUAGAAAUGUGUUACCUUCAUGUAUCAUCUUGAUUUACUUGUAUGUAAUUUAGAGCUCUUUUAGGUUUAAAUUUAAAUCUACAUUUUAUUGGAUUUCUGCUUUAAAAUCUUGUGAAUAAUUAUUUUUAAUGUUUUUACAGAUUAUUUAACACAUAUACAGUAAAUCAAAAUGUGAUUUUUGAUUAAUCCACGAAUCAGUUCAAUCUGAAUUGCACUUUCUCCUUUGAUGUCACUGUAUGAUAAUGAAUUAAGGUCCUAGGUAACAACCUACCUGCUUAAAUACUUCUCUUGUAUACUACAAGAAAUGCCAACUGUAUGAUCAAGCCCCAACUUGUGCCUUAAGCUUCAAUGAAACUGAAUUGCCAAGUGAAUUUAACAUAUUGUCGAAAUGUGGCAGGGAAUAAUAUUUAUGUAAUCAUGAAAUAAACUUGUAUUUUGUAACAUU